AUGCAGCAUCCGAAAGCUACCACUAAAAUGGCUGGAAACUUUGGAACCAUGAACGUGGAUCUCCUCCGUAGUAGAGUGGCCCAACUAGCCUGGGACGACGAAGUUCCCAGCAUCGAAGGGCUAUGGGGAGUAAUUAAGCAAUCGUUGCACAUACUCCAAGAAGAAUUCGCACCAUGGAAACCCAGACGACACCUUACCAAACCGAUCUGGUGGCGAGCGGCUAUGAACAAGGCCAUCAAGCGUAGAAACCAGAGUUGGCGCUUGUACAAAAUUUCCGGGAGCCGCCUAGCUUGGACGCGCUACACAGCCCUCAGGAACGCAGCGGUCGAAAUGGUGCGAACAGCAAAACGCAACUAUGAGCUUAUGCCUGCCAAAAGCGCCAAGAAUCAUGCUAAGAAAUAUUACGGGUAUGUGAAAUUCGAAUGA